GGCAAAUUGAACACUCCUCGGGGAUUUCCAAUGAAAUAACACAAUUCGGACAUUCAAGGAACACAUCUUUACUAAUGAUUGUGUUUGUGUUGUGUAAUCCAUACAGGCUACCUAUCCGUCAUGUAUAAUGCAUAUACACAUAUAGUGUGUGUGUGCGCGCCUACGGAUAGAAAAAUGCAUUAUGUUUACAUUAAAAUGUGAAACAUAACGCCCCCCUCUUUCAGUUAAUAAUUUCCCCACAAAAUUCAGCUAGUUGAAUUCAUCUUCCAGCACAGACUACAUCCCCAACAGCAAGUAUGCAGCAUUUGCGUGGUUUGAAGAUUAACUGUAGACUUGCAGAAUUUAUUUAGGACCCUUUCCAGGUCCUUGCUUGCACGGUAAAAGAUAUCAUCUUAGGUAGGUUUAGAAAAACCAUUAAUGUGAAGUAUACAGAUCUGAAGAGUAAUGGUAACUAAACCCUAAACAUAACUAUUUUUUUUGUUCCCAUGCGUCCUCCAAAGGUUUCAUUUUUAUGUGUAUAAAAGAUCUAACACAGAUUUCAUUGAAUAAAUCUGAGAUCUCCAGGUGCAGACGUUUAAAUAGUCAGUGCCAGAACCCCAUGUUUUCCUUUCCAGCCGAUUUUGCUUGGAUCAGGCUCAAAAACCGAGUGAGUCUCGUGGUUUUGUUUACACUGAAUGGGGAGGAUAGGAACGGUGCCAUGGGGCCGUCUUUCAUUAAUAUACAGUGAGGAUUUUGUCUAAAUUACUGCUAUGAAUUUCACAGUACACGCUUUCAAAAGCCGUCUCAGGUGGCCUGAUGAAACGUGAUAGCGCCUCCGCAAACAGAUCUACAUUCUUUAAAAAAUCCUAAAAAUAUUGUACACACGCACAACAAAAACUAAGCUUGUGCUGGAGUUUUGUGUUUUAUUAAAAAAAACAACAAAAACAAAACAAAAAAACAACAGCCAACAACAACUUAGUUCCCCAACUCUCGCCCACGCCCUCCCUUGCAGAGUGUGAUUGUUUUGUCUGGAAAAAAAAAAUCCAAAGUAUAAAAGGGGAGAACAGUUAGUGCUGAUUUUCAUUUGCAUAAAUUUUCAUAUAUUUUGGUGAAAAUAAUAGACAAGUGGAGAGCUGGGCUUAGUGGAGUCAGUGCAAAGGAAAAUCUUAGCAUGGAUCGUUUCGCUGGAGUUCAGAACAUGAUUUUUCCCCUGUCACCUUAUUAAACCCACAAAAAUACAAAAUUUUUAAAAAGCCCUCUAAAUCCUGGAAGUCUGGUCGUCUGCCGGGGUGCGUUGAAGCCAAGCUGCACGGACAAAAUGCGCCGCGGCGGGAUCCACCAGGGGCGCGAGCGACCACCGAGCCGCGAAGCCGCCCGUCAGCGGGCAGCUUUUCGCGGCACCCAGGGGCGCGAGGACGGCGGAAAGGCGACCGCAGCAGAUGCGUCUUAAUCGCUCUCAUCGGCUCGGCCCGACCCUUCCCGGAGCCUCGCAAGACAAGGGCUGGCUCCGGCUCCCCUCCCCCCCCCCGGCCCGAGCCACCUACUGCGCGGGGUCCCCAUUGCCCCGGCCCCAGCCCUGCGGGCGGGCUGACACCGCGGCACCUGGAUGGGCAGAGCUGCACAGACCGGCAGGUAGCUCAAUCCGGCUCGGGGAAGGCGGGGGGGGGGGGACCCUCCUAAAUGACGCAAUCGAUGCUCCAGCCUUGGCUCCCACUUGUGCUGGUGCCGUUGCAGGAGCCCAGUCUCCCUUCCCCCCCCCCCCAGCUCUCUUCCUCCCCCCUCCCCUUUUUAGUGCAUCUCCCCGGGCCUGGGGGGGGGGGGGAGGGGGGGCGAGUCCUGCUCCUCUCCGCUGCCAAACGGGAGCUGUGGCCGUGGCGGGAGAGGCAGAGCGGGCGGGGGGGGGGGGAGGGGGAGGCUGCGGGCGGGAGAAGCCGCGGCCCCCGGGGCGCGCGCACACCCACAGCCCCGCUCCCCCGCCUGCGGCACCCAGGGGGCCGGCUGGCCGCGCGGAGCGACUGGCGGCAGCCCUCGGCUCCCUUCCCCCGGCCCGGCCCCUCCGGCUCGCCCAGCCCGGCGCUGCGCACGGCGGCUCCGCCUGCUCCCAGGUAGCGGCGGCUGCUGCUUCUCCUCCGCCGCCGCGCUGUGGCUUUGCGCUAAGGCCGGGGGUGGGAAGGGGCGGCGGGGGGGGGGGGGGAGGUAGCCCUGCACCGCUGCAGCUCGCCUGCCUCACCGCCCUGCCUCCCUUGCCCACUCAGUGCGGGGGGGGGGCAUGGGGGGGUGUCCAGACUCUGUCACUCAUUAUGGCUUUUCACCCCCCUCCUCCGCCACUAACUGAUCGAUAAUUUGGUACCCAAGUUUGAUUUUUCUCUUGCACUCUCUUUACUUCCUCUCCCCCCCCCCGCCCGCCACUCCGCGUGAAACUGGAUCAAAAAUAUCAAAGGGGAUUACACUUUGACCCAGUGCCUUCCUGCGAGCACUCAUAAGACUUCUAGCAUGUUCUCCAGCCUUGUCUAUAUGGAUUUCAAAAGCUCUGUUUCUCCAGGUAACGCUUCAGCAUCCUUUGUGUUGGGAUCCAUUGUGUGUGAGCAUCAUCGUCCGUCUCUAAGACAAGUUUUUUUUAAAACUUUCAAUAUUUGCGAAGAGAUUGCUAGAUAUGAGGUCUCAGUCCAGAGCUGCUCUGGGUGCAGAUCUACUCCAAUGAAGAAAUCGGUCAGUAGAGCAGCUGUAGAAUAUGGCCCAUAUUGAGGGCAUGUACUGAGGAGUGGGCAUUUAAACCAAUCUCCAUUGUAAUAUAUUGAUUAAAAGCACCUGCUGUCAGAUUCUCAGCUGGUAUAAAUCAGCAGACCUCCAUUGACCUCAGUGGAGCUGCAGGGUGCUGAUUUGUACCAGCUGAGGAUCUGGCCCCCUGAAUUUUUGUGAGUUCAGGUUCUGCAGACAGAUGGUUAUGAUCUGACAAAACUGUAUUGUAGCUCAAAUACUGCCACAUCAUGCCCAGAGAGUCUUGUGCUUUGGGAUCCCAUUCCAAAAGAGGGGGAGAAGCUUGGAUUCUGGUUAUGAUUUUUUUAUAGUAAGAAGUAAGAAGAUAAACUUCUCUUGUUGCAUCUAUGCUUAAAUCUAGCCUUCCAACCAUGGGGUUAAAUUCUGUUGUUGCUUAUUCAGACAAAACUCUCUUUGAGGGUUUAUGGAAUUAAGAACCACAGAAUUUGUCUAAGAGCUGUUGGAUCAUACCCCAUUUCUGACCUCAAAUACUUUUUACUUUCAUUCCUGAUUUUUCUUUUUGUAGAUAUUGUCUCCUGCACCAAAAUGUGUGAUGGUUUUGUGAUGUGGGAAAACAUUUACUGGGACUAGUUUUAAAAUUACAUGAUAUUCCUUGCCUUUGUGAUCUAAGCCAAAUUUGAACCCAGGUAUUCAUUCUUCAUUUGAACACAGACAUUAUCUUAUUCUACAAUCUAAUCACUUAUACUCUUGAAUAACUUGUGCUGGAAGCACACUCUGGUAUUUUGGCUCUGAAAUGAUUUAAUUGUUAGGCUGAGUGUGACACAGAUGGUAUUCUUAAAUGUAAAAUUAUUUUUAUGAUUCUUGCAUUUCAUAUUUAUUUCAUUAGCUCAUUAUUUAUGUUAAAGGGACAUCAUCAACUUGAAAUCUGCUUAGUUAAAAAAAAAAGUAGUUUUAGGUACCUGCCUCACAAUCUGCCCUGUUUUGUGGUUUCAGUGCCACAUUUUUUUAUUUUAAAAAUGUUUUUGUAUCCCUAGCUGCUGUGUGGCAGAUUCACACAAACAACAAAGGGAAAGAGUCUCAUUUAAGCGAUUAUAGGUGACUCUGCACAAAGUGUUGUUAAAUGCACACAGUAAAGAAAAUGAAGAUAAAAAUGAUUUCUUUUUUCAAUAUCUUUUAGUUAGACUAAUGUUAAGUGUUACUUGUAAUUUCAGUAGGGAAACAAUUUUCAGAUAGAAAUGUGAUUUCUAUCCAAAGCUGUCUCUUUAGUACGCAAAUAUAGUUAUUAAAUAAACAUUAAUUAUGAUAGCUGCAAUUACUCAUUCAGAUCAAUAAUCAGAACCAGGAGUGAACCAAACCAUAGCAACUUUAUUUUUCCAUUAAAUAUAGUUUGAUUUAAAAUAAAUUCAAAUAGCCCUAACCAUUCAGCCCCAUCUGGUAGAAAUGAAAAGUCACUUUAAACCCGAUGCACAUCGUGAAAAAAUGGGAGAAGAGGUGUUCAAAAGAUACAGCAUAUGAGGACAGCUCCUCAGAUGGUGUAAAUCCAUGCUGCUCUCUUGAAGUCAACAAAGCUAUGCUGAUUUAGCCCAGUUGAGAUCCUGGCCUGUCAUUUUUAAGUGCCAGGUGUUAUGGUGAGUUUGUCCAUGGGGUCAUAUACUGAUCCUGUUCAUUAAGGUAAAGUGGUGAAUGUGAUAUUUUUCAUUUUAAUCAGGACAAGGGAAGUAAAUGCUGUCAGGAAAAAUCUAAUCUGAGGAUUUUGUUUUCUUGGAAACUGGGGGCUGUUUGCCUGAAUUGUAUGGGGUUUUUGUUUUGUCCUGUCUGCGUUCAGUGGGCUGAAUCCUCCUCUGACUGACAUCCCUUGCAACCCCACUAAUUUUGAUGUCUGACAGGUCUGUUUUAAUCUGUUUAAUCUGUUGGAACUCCCACAGCAGGAUCUGUAGGAGAUUUUUCUUUCUGUCCCCUGUCUGAGGUGCAGACUCUAUUGUCUGUGUGUUGGGGAGCAGGGUUCCACUGUGUUAGAAAAUCUUUUUGCUUCAGGCCCAAGGGAAAAGUGAUAAAGAAUUAAAAGGGAAGGACUAUAUCUAUGGUUAGUACUGAAUGCUGCUACUAUUGCGCCCUAUGCACUCAGCAAAUAUUUAGCCUCAUAGUGACAAGAAGCCUUUUUUUUUUAAAUUUCCAAAGUUAAAGGGUAGAUUGUAUCUGACCACUGCAUGUUUGCACAAGUGUAGGGGAGGGCAUGAAAAGUCUUCACUGCUCUCAUUCAGUGGCUGGGAACAACUGUCCCUAAGAGCAGGGACAACUGCUCCCUUCUAGUGCUCCCGAGGCACUAGCUACCCCAAAAGGGAGGGGAAAAGGAGGCGAUAGGGUUAAGUUCCCCAUCCUUGCACAUACAUGAAAGCAACGACAUGCUGCACCCCUUUAAAGGUGGUAGUGGAGAUAUGCUCUCCCUGUAGAACAAGGGUGAGCUUUGCAAGAUGUUUUUCCUACAUAAAGCACAAUACCUCCUGUGUUCUCCCGGGGGAAAUAAAGUUGUGCAAAGCCUUUUACGCAGGGCAGUGCCUAUCAGGUCCAGCAGCACUCUAGGACUGCAUUGGAAUGCACACUCAGGAGAGAGCUGAGCUCACGCUGUGCUGGGGGUCAGCUGUAACUUUGGUAUUUCCUGAUGUUGCAGGGCUUUACUCUGAAGUCUGAACAUUCUUCUAACAGUUUUUUAAAAAAAUGAAUUAUGUUGUUAUACUUCCCCAGCCGAGUAGAGCUGGCUGAAGCUUGAAAGGAGGUUCAGUCUAGAUGCACACCCGUAUGUUCGGAUGCAUAUCUGAACCUUGUCUGAACUGUCCACACUGCUUGUACUGGAAAAACUAGGCUAUAAGCGUGAUGAGAAUAGGCUUUCAUGCAAGAUGUUUAAUAUUUAUUUGGGACAGAAAUAUUGCAAAACCAGCCUAUGUGGCCCUGCUGCCUUCAGUAUUCAUCUUGAGUGAAAUUAUGAAAUUCAGAAGUGCAGAAAAUAAAAAUAGUGGGUGAGUGAAGGGAAGUUAAUCUCUGUUUUUCCAAUCCCAAUAAAAGUUAGAUUAGGGUUUAGUUCAGGCUUUGAUUGAAAUUUUAGUAGUGGUGGUGAUCGAGGAAAGAAUGUUUUUGUUUUAGCUGAAUUGGUUUAUCCAUCCUUGACAUGCUUAUGGUUAAGUGUAUGCCCACUGCUAUGAUGCAAAGUUAAAAAUAAAAAGUCUGUACUUCCUUUUGAAGAGCUAUCCCUUCUGAGAAAAUUAGGGCUGACUAUAAUAGCCUGUCUCUACUGUAUGCAAGAGAAUGUGGCAUAACACCAGUAGAAAGAGAGAGGAUUUUUCCAAAAAUGUGCUUCUGUGGUGAGUCUUGCUGCUCAUUGUCCUCAAAAGCAGGUGUAUCAUCUAUGUCUGUUGCCUGUGUAUGUUUCUGAUUGUUAAUUAAACAAAUAUAUUAGUAAAAUACAAAUACUGGGUGACACUGAAUUUUAGCCAAGAGUUUUAUCCUUCCUAUGCACACUGGGGAUUUCUUUUCUAGUACUCCUGAUUCAGAUUAGUUUAUUUCUUGGUGGCACCAUAAUCAGUGGAAUUAUUUCUAUUUUUAUUCCCAUUACAGAAAUUUCAGUGUUAGUUAAUAAGUGGUCAGGAAAAUAAAGACCAUAUUUAUGGAACAAAAAUCCUCACUUUUUUGUUGAAUGGUAAAUUAAUAAAUGGUAAUUAAUGAUAAUUGGUAAUUGUAAUUAAUGCUAAUGGUAAUUAAUGGUAAAUUAAUUUAGGGAUCUAGCUAAAAAACUGUAGCUAAAAAUCCAGACUCCACUCUGGCCUGAGUGAGCUUGGGAGAUGUACAGUGGCAGGCGGGGAGAAAUUUCCCUCCCAGGCCACAGUAUAACUUUGGUGUUGCUCCAUGAAUCUAUGUCAGCCCAGUGAGUAAUGUUGUCUGUGAGGGGCAUUCACACUGCAUCCCCAGUCAGAUACAGUUCUCCUGGCCUCACCCUGUUGCCCAUGCUCUGUCCCCUCCCACUCCCUUCAUGCUGUUACACGGACAGUAUCUUGCUUACAUCCAGUUUGUCUUGAACAGCAGAAUGAUUCCACAGCACAGAGGCCCUUGGCAGUUGUAGAGGAGAGGCCUGGAUUUACCCAUUAACAUACUAAGGACUAAAUUCAAUCCUGAGUUAAGGACCCACGAUGCUUCACUGAAACCAUUGGGGAUAGAAUGGAAUGACUAUCAGGGCCGAAUUUUCCCUAACAGUCUGAGUUACACAUACAUACACUUCGAUCUUCUCAAAAAGCAUUUAAGUAAGAACUGACCUUUCUAUGUCAGUUGUGAAAAAACAUAUUGGCUGGGUUUGGAGAGGUAUACAAACUAGGAAGCUGGACAUAGACAAAUGUGCAUUUUUUUCUAAGAACACGUUUACAGCUGGAAUUCUAUACAGCAUUACAGUUAAAGGGAGUUGAUGUGGUUAUAGUGUUCAGUGACAAUAUCUGUAAAGCUCCUUCCUAACAUGUAAUGGGAUGUGAGGCCUUUGAUUUUAGUCGUCCCAAAAACAUUAUUUCUAUUGAAAUGCCUGCUCCUGAAAAGUUGCAGUCCUUCAUGUGUAUGGUGCACAAAUGACAGAGAGUUGUGUUGUGGCUCUUUUAAACUGUAUUAAAGUGGCUGUAAAAUAGGCACAAUGUCCCUCCACCCUUAGGAGUAUCCCGGCAUAUGGGGCCUCUCAGCCAGCCAUAGAACCAGUUUAGCCACCUCUAUGCCCUCUGCAGGCAGGACAUUUCUGUGCCCCAGAUAUUCUCUGGUAGUGCCAUGGCCCACAGGAAGACCUUAACAGCUGGAGAACUAGUUAAGGCAGCCUUCAGGAAGGCUAUGUCUACACUACAGCUUGUGUCGUCAUAACUUAUGUCAUUUAGGGGUGUGAAUAAAACAUGCCCCUGAGCAACAUAAGUUACACUGACAUGACCACUCGUAUGCACAGCGCUAUGUCCGUAGGAGAGCUUAUGCUACUUGUGGAGAUGGGUUUUUUUUAAUGCUGACAGGAGAGCUCUCUCCCAUUUGCAUAGAUUGUCUUCAUCAGAUGUGCUGCAGUGGCCCAGUUGUAUUACCGCUGCAGUGCAGUACAUCUAGACAGACCUUAAAACUUGCUCAGUAGAACUUAAUCAGCAAAUCUGAGCAUUGAAGGCUGAAGUGACCCCCAACAGCUCCAGAAUAGGGGAGGUGCAAGCUGCUCUUUCUUCAUUGUAUUUGUUUAUGGCUUUAUGGAUAUUGGAGGGGGCAAAACUGGUUAAUGGUAUCUGACCUGCUUUGUGGUGAUAGUGACAAACUUGGAGACACUCCUACAGUUUUGUCCACCUUGGACUCAAUUCUGUCAUUUGUACUCACAUUAAGUAGUACUCUCCAAGUAGUUCCAUUUUUUUCAAUAGGCCUACUUGCAAGCCCUGAUCCUGCAAAUAUUUACAUGAGUGCUUAACUUAGAUCCAUUCAUGGGACCUAGACACAUUCUGAAAACUAAAAGGUGCAUAAGUGUUUCCAGGAUCAGGGCUUUCGAACUUACUCAAGCCUCAGUGGAAGUGAAGUUGGCAGAAUACGGUGGAGUGGGGUGAGAAAAUUAGUGAGCACAAAAUCAUGAUAUUUACUCAGUUUAUGCAUUUUCUACUUUUUUCAUGAAAACCUGCAUACAAAACAGGCACAUAAUUGUUUUGCUAAGUGAGCCUUGAAAGUAAGAGUCUUGAUAGCUGUUAAGUAUCUCCUUCCUAGUACAGUAUGCUGUCCUUAUAAGCUAAUCAGUAAAACUUGCUCGGUAGAACUUAAUCAGCAGAACUGAGCACAUUGUCCGUGCUUAAUUAGUACUACUACUACUACUAAUUAAUAAUUAGUAAUAACAUGAACUCCUUUUAACACAACCUAUCAGACUUCUGCUUUAUUUUGAGGAGGGCUUUACUUGCCUCUAGUUAACUUAAGAAUUAAUAUUUAUUACAGCUCUAUUUACAACAGCCAAGAGGAAUUUGAGUAGGAAGGAAAAUAUUGAUGAAAAUUAAAUUUUGACAAAUAUCGGAAAUGAAAUUCAGAGAAAAUUAUCAUGCUGUUUCACCCAUCAAGCAACAGUGCAUGUAGUAUAAGGUUCUAAAAGAACAGUAAUUUUCGUACAAGUAAGUGUCCAAAUUAUUGCUAAUAAAAAUGGAUCUGGACAAUUGUUUGAAAUGUAAAACACUAUAUUUGUAUGUGAUUGUUAUUAGAAUUACCUUUGAUCUCCUGCUGUUCUCUUCUUUAAAAUUUUUCCUUAGAAUGUUGUGACUUAUAUAUGUUAUAAGAGAGGGAUUGGAUGGCUCAGAGAAUUGGUAAUGGAUCCAGAGCCAUUCACUUCUGCAUCACCCCUCUAAUUUAACACAGGCUGGCAGUGACUGAAAGUUAAUCUAAUGGCUGUUUGGUAGUUUAUGUGAAAUCGAUUAGUGGUUUACACGCAGUUCCAACAGGACAAGAAUUCACAUUGUAAACAAAUCUCUGGGCCAGAUCCUUAGCUGCUGUUAAUCAUUGCAGCUCCAGUGAUUUCAAUGGAACAAUGGUAAUUUACACCAAUGAAUGACCAUCUAUCACAGCUGGCACUAGUUAACGUGGAUUGUCAGGAUCAAUAUAGAUGACAAUGACUCAGUGAGGAGGGAGAUUAUGGGCAGAUUCUCAGCUGGUGUAAACCAGUGUCAUACCACUGAAGUCAAGGUAACUAUACUGAUUUACCAGCUGAGGAUCUAGCACUAAAUGCCUAUGUCAGGUCAAGUUUGAGCCACAGUUAGAGUUGCUUGCACCACUGAUGUCGUGCUGUACCGGGUGUUUGAGUAUAAAGAGAACCUUAAUAUUCAGGGCUGUCAACGAGUGUUAACUUACAAGCAACAAAAUUUACUGAUUUAUUUUAAAAUCUUGUGGAAAAAAUUCUAGGGACUAAUUCUACUCCCACUGAAAUCUGAUGUGUAUGAGAUAUUGUGGUGCUAUUGGUAAAAUAUAAGUGAAAGUCCUAAGUAAGUGUUAUGAGAUCUGUCCUUUUCUUGAUAUGUGUGCAUUGUCCUGACAAAUACUCAAAUGUGAAUUGCAUAUGUGUGCUAAGGAGAGAAGAGGUCCCUAUGAACACAAAUAAACUCUGCUCAUGAAAAGCAGCAGUAUUUUGCAGGGGUAGCCACAAAUGCUGCAAUACCACUCCUGGGGUGAACACAUAUUUAAUGUAAAACAAUAUUGUUACCUAGAUUUUAAGCUUUCCAAGGAAGGGGCUUUUGGUCCAGAUUUUAAAAGAUAUUUAGGUGCCUAAAGAUGCAGAUAGGCAUCUAAUGGGAUUUUCAAAGCAGGAUUGCUGCUUCACAGUUGGGGAAUAUGAUCCCUUAUCCCUUAUACUUACAUUUGUCUUUAAAAGCACCUAGCACACAGUUGAUGCUAUAUAUAUAUUAAGUAAAUAACAACAGGGGUUAUAAGAAGGACUAUACAAGUAAUCUAAUAAUGUGUGUACUUCUGAGGACUCUUGACACAUACAUAAAAAUUCUUAUGAAUGAAUAUUGUAUUGUGAAACCCUAACUACAUGAAUUGCAGAUUGAGCCUUCUGUAAGCUAUUCUUGGUGGCAUCAUUCAAUGGAAAUAGGGAAAAUCCAGAGAACAGGAAGGUCCUCAAACACAACGCAAGUGGAUCAUUUCCAGUCAUCAUCAGGUGGGAGCGGGAAGGAUUGAAAACUUGCACAGGAGUGCAUCCCCUUGGCAGUGUCAGAGUCUAUUCUGUUGUGGACUAUCCCUACUGCAGGAUUUUGAUGGUGGAUGUAGUUCUGGGGAGGAGCAGGAGUAGGGAGUAGUUGUGAUAGCAUAGAGUAGGCGUCAGCAGUGGAUCUACCAGUGUGUAGAUUCACUGACCGUUGGUCCUUGAAGAAUAAGGAUAAAGCAGUAGAGUUGGUGCAUCACAGCUAGGGAGCAAGAGUCCUUUUCUCCACCCUCAGUCUUAUCAUCAAGCUAGGUUACUUAGGUUUGGGACAGGAGAAAGGAUUUGGUUCAGAAUGAGUAACUGUAUAAAGUGCUUCUCAUGUAAAAUAUUAGCUUAAUUGCCUAGUAAACAUAUAAUGAUUUUAAGAAAAAUCAGUAAAAACUUAUCCUCAAAGGACACACCAAUCUGAGGACUACAAAGGUUUUUAAUUAAAAUAGCAGGUAAAAAAAAGUGUGAUGCAAUAUUAUUAUUUCCUAACAUAUCAACAAAGUACAAAUGCCCAUUUUUAGUGCAAU